AUGAGGGCCACCGGGCUGUGGCCCAUGGAGGUUGUGGUGCUGGCAUGGGCGCUGUCUCAGUCGGGCCAGGCAGCCCGUGCCAACCUGACCCUGGCUGUGGUCCUGCCCCGGCACAACACGACGUACCCGUGGGCCUGGCCACGGGUGGGUCCGGCCGUUGAGUUGGCCAUCCAGAAGCUCAACGCCCGGCCUGACCUCCUGCCGGACCACCAGGUGCAGAUGAUCUUCGGCAGCAGCGAGAACGCCCAAGGGGUCUGCUCGGACAUCAUGGCCCCGCUGGCCGCCGUGGACAUCAAGCUGGCCCACAGCCCCCACGCCUUCCUGGGGCCGGGCUGCGUCUACGCCGCGGCUCCCGUGGGCCGCUACACCAGGCACUGGGGCUUGCCCCUGGUGACGGCGGCGGCCGAGGCCAUCGGCUUCGGCAACAAGGGGGACGAGUAUGCCCUGGUGACCCGCACGGGGCCCAGCCACGGCAAGCUGGGCGAGUUCGCGGUGAGCCUGAGCCAGCAUUUCAACUGGACCAGCAGGGUCAUGUUGCUCUACUGGAGUGACAACCUGGAGGAACGGCCGUGCUUCUUCGCCGUGGAGGGUCUCUACAUGCAGCUGCCCUCCGUGCAGAACAUGACCAUCGAAGACGUGCCCUUCAUGUCCACCAAUUACACGGACCUGGUCCAGUACAUCAAGCAGAAAGCGCGGAUUGUGUACGUCUGCUGUGCCGCCAACAUCUUCCGUGCGCUGAUGCUCCAGGCGCACCGCGAAGGGCUCACCACCGGCGAUUACGCCUUCUUCUACAUCGACCUCUUCGGCUCAACCCUCCGCAGCUCCAAAUUCCCCGACCGGACGCUCCCUUGGCGACGCGGGGACGGGGACGAUGGGGCGGCCCGGGAGGCUUAUAAGGCUGUCAUGCUGAUCACUUACGCCGAACCCCAAAAUCCGGAAUACGGCCUCUUUCUCCAGUACAUGAAGCGCACCUCCCAGGAGCAGUUUAACUUCACCCUGCAAGACGGGCUGGAAAAUUUCAUCGCGGGGGCUUUUCAUGACGGGGUGAUGCUCUACGCCCAGGCGGUAAACGAGACGUUGGCCCGAGGCGGUUCUCUGGCCAACAGCACGGCCAUCACGCUCCAGAUGCGUAACCGGACUUUCUACGGAAUCACGGGGGCCCUGCGGAUUGAUCAGAACGGGGACCGGGAAAUGGAUCACACGCUCUGGGACCUGGAUCCGGUCAGGGGAGAGUUUGAGAUCGUGGCCAAUUACAACGGGACCACCAAGAAGAUCGAAAUGGUCCCGGGAAAAAGGAUCCACUGGCCGGGUGACGCCAUCCCGAGAGAUGUUCCCUUUUGCGGUUUUGAGAAUAACAACCCACUUUGUCAGAAAGCCUCGUUUUCCUUGCUGGAGAUCUUGUCGCUUGUGAUGACUUUGCUUCUGUUUGGCAUCAUCGUCACGGCCUUCUUUGCGUACCGGAAAAUGAAGCUGGAGAAGGAGCUGGCUUCCGAAUUUUGGCGUGUCAGCUGGGAGGACGUGCAGUCGAGCAACCUGGAGAAAAAUCUACGCAGCACGGGCAGCAAAGUCACACUCUCGCUGCGAGGCUCAAAUUACGGAUCUUUGCUGACCACGGAAGGACAAUUCCAGGUUUAUGCCAAGACAGCUUAUUAUAAAGGGAACCUGGUGGCUGUGAAGCACAUGAAUCAGAAGCGCAUCGACCUGACGCGGGAUGUUUUGUUUGAGCUGAAACACAUGAGAGACGUCCAGAAUAAGCACUUGACCCGUUUCAUCGGCGCCUGCAUUGAUCCCCCAAAUAUCUGCGUUCUGACGGAGUAUUGCACCCGUGGAAGCCUGCAGGAUAUCCUGGAGAACGACAACAUCACCUUGGAUUGGAUGUUCCGCUAUUCGCUCACCAGUGACAUCAUCAAGGGGAUGCUUUUCCUGCACCACAGUGUGAUUGCCUAUCAUGGCAACCUGAAAUCGUCCAACUGCGUGGUGGACAGCCGUUUCGUGCUGAAGAUCACCGAUUAUGGGCUGGAGAGCUUCCGCCAGGUGCCCGAGACCGACGACUCGCACGCCCUCUUUGCCAAGAAACUCUGGACGGCCCCUGAGCUCUUGAGGUUGGACACCCCCGCCUGUCCGGGAACUCAGAAAGGGGAUGUCUACAGUUUUGGUAUCAUUUUGCAAGAAAUCGCCCUCCGCAACAGCGUCUUCUACGUGGAAGGGGUGGAUCUGAGUCCUAAAGAGAUUAUUGAGCGCGUCACGAACGGGGAACAGCCCCCCUUUCGCCCCUCGACGAAUCUGCCCUCCAAUCUGGAGGAGGUGGUCCAUCUCAUGCAGAGAUGCUGGGCUGAGGACCCCCAGGAGCGCCCGGAUUUUCAACACAUCAAAGGCAUGCUGCGGAGGUUCAACAGGGAAAACAGCUGUAACCUUUUGGAUACACUGCUGUCACGGAUGGAGCAGUAUGCCAACAACUUGGAGGAACUGGUGGAGGAACGGACACAGGCCUACCUGGAGGAGAAGCGCAAAGCUGAAGCCCUGUUAUACCAGAUUUUACCCCACUCGGUGGCCGAGCAGCUGAAACGGGGGGAGACGGUCCAGGCGGAGGCCUUUGACAGCGUCACCAUCUACUUCAGCGAUAUUGUGGGGUUCACCGCCUUGUCGGCAGAGAGCACCCCCAUGCAGGUGGUGGCCUUGCUGAAUGACUUAUACACCUGCUUUGAUGCCAUCAUUGAUAACUUUGAUGUCUACAAGGUGGAGACCAUCGGGGACGCUUACAUGGUGGUGUCCGGUUUGCCGGUCCGCAACGGCCGACUCCACGCCCGCGAGAUUUCCCGCAUGUCCCUGGCACUCCUGGAAGCCGUUCGCAACUUCAAAAUUCACCAUCGGCCUGAACAGCAACUCAAGUUGCGGAUUGGGAUCCAUAGUGGUCCAGUCUGCGCAGGAGUUGUAGGCUUGAAGAUGCCUCGUUACUGCCUCUUUGGAGACACGGUCAACACAGCUUCGCGCAUGGAAUCCAACGGCGAAGCGUUGAAGAUCCAUUUGUCGGCGGCCACCAAAGGCAUCCUGGAAGAGUUUGGGUGUUUCGAACUGGACCUCCGAGGAGACAUAGAGAUGAAGGGCAAGGGGAAACUCCGGACGUACUGGUUGACGGGCGAACGGGUCAGCAGCACCCGAGGGUGAGGAGAAAACGGAGAAGACGCUCACUCCUGCUUCCUUCAAGGAGAUCCACCUUCUUAGUGGAGGGGCCCGGACUGUCCUUGGAGAACUUAUUGGCUUGGAGUUGAGGGCACCACGGAUGGACCUCAGAGGACUAUCCUUGCCCCCCUGUCCAAUUUCCCUUUCGCUUCUGCAUCACCCUGCAAAUCUGGUCCCCAGGUCCAAAGAUUGUGUAGGAGAUCAGGAGAUGAUCAGGAAGCGGCCUUCUUCUCUACCUGCAUGGUGGGAAGUGCUGGAGAAGUUGGCUUGAGGCCCAUCAUUUAUAGGGGCCACCCCCUCAUCUUUUCUGGGAACGUUGGACGUUUGGAACUUCUGUGGUCGAGUCAACGUCACAAUUAAGGCAGGCCCGGACCCUACACAACUCUUGUGACAGUAUGCACACUCCCCCUGGGAGUUCCUGGGCGCUGCAGAUUUUACAAUAAAUGGAACGUAUAGG